AUGCUAUCCACCACCAGUCCAACACCAACAACUGCCACACAAACCGCCGAAGUCAUGCAAAGCUCCAUAUCCGUCACUCAACAACCAUUACCUGUUUUCCGGCAGCCACCAAGGGUUCAUCUACCACAUUACCCUCCAAAUUACAUCCCAUACGGUCCAUAUUUCUCCCCAUUUUAUGUCCCUCUACCACCUGCUAUCCAUCAGUUUUUAAGCAACGAGACAUUCCCACAACAACCACAACAAGGCGGCGGAGGCAUGUAUCCAACACCACCACCACCAGUGGCUGCCACCUCUAAUUCUAAAUACCCGCUUCCACAAUAUAAGCCAGGAAGCAAUACAGGGAAUAUUGGAAUGGCGGGAAGCUAUGGACCGUAUGCUUCAGCUGCCCCUGCUGGUUACAACCAAGAUUUCUUGAAAUACAACGAAUCAUCUCUAAUGAAGCUGCCUUGUAAGAUAUUUGAUCCCAUUCCACUUGGUGAAGCUGCUGUUGUUGGGAGGAUGAAGGAUGCAGAUUCAGUAGCAAUGCCUGAAGGUUCAUCUUUAUAUGAUUUGGUUCAAACGAGAAUCACUACCACACAUGCUUCUGUUGGAGUGGUGGUUCGCUUGAGGGAAGAGUUGUCUCUUGUAAAAGAUAAACCUGCUCAUUUUGCAAUUGACCAAGUGAGUUGA